UGUGCAGCGAUCGAGCGCUCAUGGCAGCUAAUGAUUAUCGCGCGUACCUGCGGAAUCAUAUCGAUAUGGAAGAGGCUCCGGCGCGCGUUUCGCACACGGGCUCCACUCACAGAGCGCUCAUAUACGCCACGCUCGCUGUCAUGGGACUGCUGCAGGUCGUGUCGAGUGUAGCUAUUUUGUUGCACUUAACCGGUUAUCUCCGAGAGGUUGACAUUGCCUCAGCCCAGCAGAGUCCCAGUGAGGAAAUGCACAGUGAAACAUUAAUAGCAGAUCCUCUCAGAAGUAUGAAGGAGAAGAAGGAUAGAUACCGAAAAAAGGAAACGCACAUGCCGUCGGCUCAUCUUCCUAUCAAGACUACCAAUGACAUUUCAAGCAAAGAUCCAAGUCCUAGAACCAUCCACUGGGAAGUAAAUCAAGGGACGCUAAUGAAGAUUACAUACCGUGAUGGCCGAAUUCUAGUGGAUAAGCCUGGCUAUUAUUAUGUAUAUGCCAAGACCUGCUUUCGAUAUUCUAAAGUACAUGACUCUGACAAAAAGGAUGUCAGCAAUGUGCAGUUGGUACAAUACAUUUACCACGAGAAGCACACCCAGUCUACAAUCAGACCGAUUCUGCUUUCAAAAAGCGGUGGCGUGUUGCAUUGGAAUACCACAAGCUACAACAUGUACUGUGUGGAGCAGGGCAGAGGUAUCCAGUUAAAUAAGGCUGAUGGUCUCUUUGUCAACGUAUCCAAUUCAUGGCUUCUGGACCGAGAAGCUGAGGGGACAUAUUUUGGUACUUUUAAGAUUAGUGAUUGACUUGGAUUGCUUUUGCUACUGAACAUGUUUAUGUACAUUUAACAACCUUACAAACUUUUUCAAAGUGAACAUGAACCACUGAGCAUUUCUGUUAUUGAUCACUGACUUUUGAAUUUUUGUUCAAUAUUGAUUAUAUUGUACAUCAUUUAAGAAUACAUUAGACGUAAUAACUCUGAACUAAUCAAUCAUGACGUUGAAGGUCUUGAGUGCAUUUAAUAGGUUUUAGAUGUUUCCAUUCAGUCAAAAUGCUUCAGUGGUUUUUGUAGGGAUGCACUCAUACCGAUACUGGUAUCUGUCCAAUGCGUUUCACAACCCAUUUUACUUCCACAAUUGGACACAUUUCCAAGUGAAACAAGAUAUUCAAUGACAACAAUGUAGUUGUUGGUUCUGUCCAUUGGGGAUUGAUUGGAUUUUGAAAAGGGGGUUACAUAAUACAGAAUGGAGUCCGGUGGUUAGAGAUGAGAGGUCGAAAAGUGGGCUGGUGACAUCAACUUAAAAAAAAUGUUUUUAUUUUCUUUAAGUAGAGUGGGUGCAUUUUGGGUGUAUGUCACUCUUAAAAUGCUCUGAAACAAACAUCAGAUAUCAUAAGUGCAUGCACCACAUCCGUUGCAUAAAUGUUGCCAUGCAAAGGAAUAACAGCAGGUGAACACAAAUGCCAACAAUAUGGAGGGAUAUUAGCUCCACAAUUUGUCCAACAAAUGACAGUCACAUAGUGAAUCAAGUAAUUAAAAAAAAUAGUACACAGACUUUCUGACGCCGCUCUGUGUCUCUGCUCGCUUAAUUUUCUCUGCCCAAUUCAUUGUACAUGAAUCAAGAAUGUGUUUAGAUCAUUUUUAUGCUUUAGUACUCUAUUUACUCAAAACAUCAUAAACACUGUCCUUAAUCAUCAGUAGUGAGAUAUUUUGGCUAGGCCUAUAUUUACCCAUUUUGAGAUUUUUGGCACGGCCGAUAACCCUUCUGUCAGUUCCAAAAACUACAACUGUGCUGCACAACUUGUUAGAUAUUGAAUUGAGUAAAUACGGUGUACUUUUCUUACUUUUAGCAUGUAUGGGCAUCUCAAUUGCUGUAGUGAAAUGAUAUAUGCCUAUAUUACAGUAGAAUAUGUGCAGUGGACCCCAAAAAGAUUUGGAUGUUUAAGCCAUGCUUUCAGCUGUAUUAAUGUCAUUGCAUCAGAUAUUGGUAGCACUUUAUAAUCGGUUCCAUUUGUUAACAUUAGUAAAUGCUUUAGGUAUCAUGAACUAGCAAUGACCAAUGUAAUUUUAAAGUAUUUUUUCAUCUUUGUUAAUGUUAGUUUAUAAAAGUGCAAUUGCUCAUAGUUUGUUCAUGAUAGUUCUUAUUGCAUUAACUAAUGUUAACAAAUGGAAAUUGUAAAGUUUUACCAAAAUGUCAAAACAAUUGGCAUCUUGCUGGAUAUGUUCUCAGAACUAACUUAACUUCUUAUAACAAUUUGAUUAGAGUAAUUGGUAUUACUACAUAUUUUUUAGGCCACUGUAUAUAUUAUAUUGGCACUCCGCUCUCUAGUUAUUGGCAUAGGCAUUGAAGAACACAUAUUGGUCCAUCACUAAUUAUCAGUCUCACUAUACUGUACCUGAAAAAGACAGUGCUGCUAAAAGUAUGGUCAAUUUAUCAGUGUGUACCAAAAAGUACAGCCUUAAAUAAUGGUAUCGGUGCAUCCCUAGUUUUACAUUUGCACUGAACGUGAAAAAGAGCAUAAGACAAAAAGAAGCCAUCCAAAUUAACUUAUUUUAAAUUCUCCAGUAGCUUUAAAAAAAUAAAUAGAAGAAAUAAAAAACUGUAUUGACUUUGGUAAAUACAGCCUCUGACUGGAUCUCUCCAAAUUUAGGCUUUUUGUUUACAAUUGACCAUUGAAUUGAGACUUCGGAGUACUUAUCAUGCAGAAUCUAUUUAAUGCAGGGAAAUUUGAAAAGAUUAAAUAAUCUGGAUUGGCACUUCAUGGCUCUCAUAAAGAUUAUGUACUGAUUGAAAAAAAUUUCACCAUUUAUCUACAGCUUCCCAUCACAAAUAUGCCAGUUUUCAAUGGUGUUUUGAACAAAUCAUAGAAACAUGGAACAAAAAUUAAGACAGCUGGACUGUCAUUGAUUUGGUGCGUGAACCAACAUUUUUUUAAGCAAUGCGUGGAACCUAACUGAGUUUGGUACGCUCUAAUUUAAGAGUUUUAGUUUAAGUGUAUUUAUUUAUUUUCUAUGAUGAUAUAACAUUUGUUGAAUGUUCUGUCUAGUGUAAAGUUCUGUACAGUGUAUAUAAUUGUAUAAUUGCCUUUACUCCAUUCUUUAAAUUUUGGAUGAAGGGCAUUGACUUUUAGGUCAGUUAUAGAUGCUCAUUUUUCCAAGCACAGGGCUCCUGUUUUAAAGCUUAAAGGAAUAUUCCGGUUCAAUAUAAGUGAAGCUCAAUCGACCGCAUUUGUGGCAUAAUAUCGAUUACCACCAAAAUUUCAACUUGUCCCUCCUUUAAAAAAAAAAAAAGGGAAAGGGAGGUUACAGUGAGGCACUUACAAUAGAAGUGAAUGGGGCACAUUUUUGGAGGGUUUAAAGGCAGAAAUGUGAAGCUUAUAAUUUUAUGAAAGCACUUUUAUUCUUCUGUAAAAACUCAUGUUUUAAUUGAGCUGUAAAGUUGUUUAAAUCAUCAUUUUUACAGUCAUUUAAGGGUUUGUUGACAUUACAAAAUCACUAAAAUAAUUUUUACAUGCAUAUCCUUUGUCUUGUGGCUAUAAUUUUGAAACGGUGAGUAUACGUAUAUGAGUUAACGUAAAUUUUUUUUACUUCCAUUGUACUUCCACCAUUCACUUCCAUUGUAAGUGCCUCACUAAAACCCAGAUUUUUUGCUUUAUUUUAUUUUUUAAGAAUGGGCAAGUCAAAAUGUGUUUUUAUGGUAAUCAAUAUUAUGCCACAAAUGCUGUCGAUUGACCUUAACUUGUAUUGAACCCGGAAUAUUCCUUUUAAAUGGAUUAGUUUCUCACUAAAGAAACUUUGUAUUUAAGUAUAAUUGAUCUGACAAUUCUGUGUGCAAAUGAAAGCAGAAUAUAUUGUUUCCUAAAGUCUUUUUUGUUUUUUCAUAUGUUAGCAAAAGUUCUGUUUUUAUUAUGUUUAUUUAUACAA